AUGUCCUUAUCAUCAUACUACCUAUAUAUUAGGUACAUAUUUUUUAGGAAAACAUCAUCAAUAAUUCUCGGUAAAGUUAAAAUUAUUGGAAUAGUUAUGGGCAUAGGAGGAGCUAUGGUGUUCGGUUCCUACAAAGGCAAAGAGAUCAAUAUGUGGUCAACACAUGUUGAUCUUUUCCAUACUCAUGGGGAGCCAUACAAGGCAUCACACAAAAGUCCUCAAAGUCUUUUGUGGGGGUGCAUGCUAUCAUUGGGUGGUUGUGUCUCGUAUGCAUUAUGGUUUAUAGUUCAGAAUUUCUCCUAUCCUUAUUCAAGCACAGCUCUAAUGUCCCUGAUGGCGUCAAUUCAAUCUGUAGUUUUAGCCUACUGCGUGGACAGGGACUGGAAGCAAUGGAAGUUGGGAACCUUGAUAUCAGGGUUUGCUCUGAUCCUAAUGACAUGGGGUGUAAAGAAGAAAGGGCCAUUCUUUGCUUCGGUUUUUCAGCCUGUGCUGCUUGUGAUGUUUGCACUUGCAGGCUCUUUCCUCCUUGAUGAGAAGUUACAUAUGGGAAGUAUACUAGGAGGACUGCUAAUUGUGGCUGGACUAUAUGCCAAAUUGUGGGCUAAUGGUAAAGAUAAAUUCGAUUCUCAACCCACAUCCGCUGAGGAGAUGCCAAUUCACACAAAUAUUGCACAGGCUUAA